AUGAUCCCGGUGCAAAUUAUUGGCAACCGGAGCUACUGGACCUGGAUUCCUCAUAUUUGGCCUCACGAGGUUAUUGUGCCCUUUGUGCGUAACGGGGCACUCCCUCCUCCCCCAGAGGAAUGUUUUGUUCUUGGGGCGCCACUCCCGGGAAGCGAUGCAGGCGAGGAGGCGACUUCCACUCGAUCAAGUGUUGAGCCGCCACCUUCGCCGUUGGCGACCUCCCCCACGCCAGAUCCGACUGGCACUCGAUCGACUGUUGAGGCGCCACCUUCUCCUUCCAGCUGGGUCAUCAAUACCCCCUCGUCGACCACCCCCACGCCACCGUUGGUGGAGUCCCCGUCUUAUCAUUCAAGCUCGGCUAGAUCCUCAUCAGUACACGAGUGGCCUGCGUCUUCCGAUUUCGACUCCGAUGGACCGGCGGUCGAUCCACCUCUGUCAAGCCCCCGUCAAGACAAUGGGGUCAACAUCUCAGAGGUCAAGGCUCCUUCAUCCGGCCAGAGGAGCUUGGUUGCAGCUGAAGGCGUUAUCAGUGGGCCCUCUUCUUCAAACAUCAGAGGCUCUCGGGUCGCUCGCGACGAUCCUCCAUCGUCUUCGGGAAUCGAGAUGCUGGAUGGCCCACCUUUGUCCUGGAAAUCCAAGGAUUACGAAACAAUCAAGCGAGUCCGAUCGUCUUCGCCGGACGUUGAGGUAGUGUCUAAGAAGUCUGGGUCUCUUAAGGCCUGCCGCAGCACCUGA